AUGUUCUUGUUCAACAAAAGUGCCAACUGCCAAGUCGGAGGUUUUGCUUUGGCAUCCAUAGCAUGUAUUCUCUGCAGCAUCUCCGCAGACCUCCCACAGUGGCGAGUCUGGUACUUAAAUGAAACUGUGUUCUCCGAGCGUUCUGUAGCCUUUGUAGGAAUGUGGAGAGUCUGCCUUUACAAUCAAAGCAGCAAGCCCGACAAUGCCAGAGGAUGCCACGAAUACAGCUACCAUGACAACUCUGUCCCUUUAGAUAUUCACAUCAUUCAACACUUGUUACUGAUUGCCAACAUUCUUGGGUUGAUUGGGACAGUUGCUACCAUUAUUGCUCUUCAGAACGUGUACACUGGGAAAGAACAGAAGAAUGUCACGUACAAUCCAUUCAUCACUUCAGCUGUUCUUAACAUCGUAGCCAGUAGCCUUGUCCUCCUUGCUGUAUUAUGCAAUUACCUUUCUGUCAUCCAGGAAGCGGGAAUUGCCUUCCCACCAUCUUUCCAAAUGCCUUUAUAUCCACCUCAUCAGAGAAUUGGAAUUGCUAAUGUAGUGGCAAGUCUAGCUGCCCUCCUGUUUUUAGGCAGCGGCAUUAUUUUCGUUUCUUACACUAACCCUGUGGAAAAUGAAAUAUUUCCUGGAGUUUGA